GGCUCAUGAAAAAUUUUGCAGAAUAUUGUUGCGAUGUGGAAUUCAUUUCAUCACAUGAAUAUAAUUUAAAAGAAAAUGAUGCAAUUUUUAAAUUUUACAAAUGUAUAGAUUUAUCUAGACCACAAGAAAUUGUAAUCAAAGGAACGAAAACGUUAUGUCAACAAAGGAAUUGA